AUGUUUGGAAAUAUUUUUGAUAUUCAACUUAAUCUUAUCCUAAAAUCUUUGAAAGUUGUUGAAACUGAAGAAUUAAAGAGAAACAAAGCCGUGGAACUUUUGCAAACAACAAUAACUUCAUUAAACUCAAAGUACACGUCAUCUAAUCUCAAAGCAGUUGUAGUUUCUCAGUAUAAUAAAUAG